CGAUACAGUAACAGAAAACAAGUGCCGUUUCUUUGGAUAUGUUAUUGUGAAUCAAGCCAUAACAUUCAAAUAUAAAGGCCAGUAACCAACAAGGCCAUAAAGCAAUGAACAGUUGUGUGUAUCAGCUGCGUAUUCGGGGAUUAAUUCACGACGUACCUCUGUUACUUACUUACAAGUUAUUAACUUCAUUAUAUGUCUGAAACUACUGGAAUAUGGACAAAAUCAUGUUGCAUAUCAAAAAGAUUAGAUGGAAAGUUGGCUAUUGUUACUGGAUCUAGUGCAGGAAUUGGCUUGAUAACAGCUGGUGAAUUAGCACGUCGUGGUGCUAAGGUAAUCAUGGCAUGCAGGAAUUUAUCGAAAGCUGAAGGCGCGAGAAAACAACUGUUGGAGAAAUAUGGUGUUAACAAUCCACAAAGUGUGAAUAUUGAUGUAGCGUGUAAAGAUGUGACUCAGUCAUUAAGUCCAAUUCAAAAUGAUCAAUUGAUUAUUGAACAACUUGAUUUGGCCUCUCUAGAUUCAGUCAGACAGUUCGCUGAUCGAAUAAAAUCCAAGUAUACCGAGUUGAACAUUCUAAUCAAUAAUGCCGGUCUAAUUGUUGGUAAAUACGAGAAGACAGUCGAUGGCUUCGAAAUGACUAUGGGAGUUAAUCAUUUAGGACACUUUCUGUUGACAGAAUUAUUGUUACCACUGUUGAAGCGAUCAACUCCAUCAAGAAUAAUCAUUGUGUCCUCCAUGGCACACUAUGUCGGUCGAUUGACAAAACCAGAUUUGCAGCUUCUUGAGAGUGAAUACAGUGAAAUGAAGGCCUACAAUCAGUCGAAACUAGCAAAUGUGAUGCACGCGGUUGAGUUGAGUGAGCGAUUGCAAAAUAGUGGAGUGACGGUGGUUAGUUUACAUCCUGGUGCAGUGAAGACUGACAUUCAAAGUUGUAUCGAAGGACCUUUUAGUAAAAUGUUUGUUACACUAGUGCGACCGUUUUUCAUCGAUUCAUGGAAAGGUGCACAAACCACGUUAUACACUGUCUUAUCAGACAAGUUAAUAUCUGGUGGCUACUAUUCAAACUGCGAUUUUAAAAAACCGUUGUCUAUAGUUAAAAAUAAAGAAGAAAGAGAAUGGUUUUGGAAUAGAUCUUGUGAACUUUUGGGGAUUGAAAGUCAAGCUUAGCUGAGUUUUACGCGAUACAAGAGAGAGACUAUUUUCAACCAUAUUAUCUCCUGUAAACUUCGUAUUUUGUUUUAAAUGGUAGCUGACAUAUUAAGAAAAGAUAUUUGAUUGCUGCGUGAACAAAAGUCAAAAUAAGCGUAAUUCUAAUUGGUAAUACUGUGAAUCUUACAGCUGUUAGAAUUACUAGUGACCUAGAUUUGAGUAUGUAAUAAAGUAUAUGAAUGCUUAUAGUAAGCCUCAACUGUUCAUAUAUCUUCUAUUUCAUACAGUGCAUAACUUGAUUAAUUCUUGAAAAACAAUUAGUACCAUUCAUUUGGUGUAUGUUGUUUAAUACUUUUAUGAUGUGAUGUUGCUCUCGAAUGUUUGGCUAUGUAUGACUAUAUGAUUUUGUUUUUAUUAUUUAUAUUAUUAUUAUCAUUACUAUAAUGUUCUUUUACGUUCCCAG